AUGGCGCAGCCACGAUAUUAUUCUGAGGAAGACAUGGCGGAACGCCAGCCUCUUGGCGCCUCUGCCGCCCCUUCUCCUCCCCGCCAUUAUCGCCAAUACCAGCAGCCAUACCAAGAUCAACCCGAACCGUACGACCAGUACCACGCGCCUCCAGCGUCAUCGUCGCAAUACCAACAAAGACCCGUGCGCAAUCGCUCGUCCGACAGAGCGCCCUCCCAACGACGCAACAGCCAGGAGUUUGCAAACAGCAACGGGAACGGCAACGGCGGACGAGGAGCAGGUUACGCAUCAUACAACAAUAAUACCUCGACCGGCCCUGUACCGAUACCAAGUGGCGGCUACGGUGGCUCGGGAUCUCCACAACGAUCUGGACGGAACCGUGGAUCACCCCAACGUGGAUCAGACAGGCGGUCUUGGGGUCAAGGGACCUCGUAUCCACCGCCAGCGCACGCAGGCCGCCCUUUUCCUCAGCACACCGUCACUUCAGGUUCGGAUAAUUACAGCUACGCGGCCGCAGGAGGCAUGGCUGGCAUCGCAAUGAACAACGUGGCCGAGCACCACCAGCAACAACCGCAACCGGGCCACGAGCAACCCGCAUCCGGCUCUGUGUACAGCGAGAGGAGCAUGCGCGCACCAGGUGACUACUACCCGGGAGAUAGGAGCUCCCGUUCCAGUUUUCAUUCCAGUUUGCACGGGCUCAGCGCUGGGCCGGCCGGGUCAGGCUACGCAACACCAGGACAGCGAACACCCUCUAGGAUAGGGGGAGAAAUCUACACGGACGACCCGUACCAGAACCUUUCCCGCCACCAGGACUCUACUCUCGGCAUGGUCAACCCGCACGAUAUUGCCGAUGAUGGCGACGAUGGCCUCGAGUACGGACGUAAGGGACCCCGGACUAGCAUGCUGAGUCUCGGAUCCAGUCACCGAGGCACCGGCGUCGGCGUCGGCGCUGCUGCUGCUGCGGCAGGUGGUGUGGGAGCGGGUGCUGUGCUCGGGGGGUUGGGCAGUCGGAACGGAAGCGGGAAUGUAGCUCAUAACAGCCAGUACGCCCCCGUGAACGCUGGUUCUGCUUCGGCCUUCGGGGACGCGGCGUCGGCUGGGUCGGGCGGAGGUGGGAUAUACAACGGCUCUGGGGUACCUGUCGCGACGGGCGGGGAAAAGCCGUGGCAGGCAAACGCCACACCAAAAGGCCGCGGCAAGAAGUGGAAGAUGUUCCUUAUGAUAGGCAUCGCCGUCCUCAUCAUUGCCGGUGUUGUCUUGGGCAUCGUCUUCGGUGUCGUGCUGAAGAGGGACGGCGGAGGCGCAGCAGGCGGCACCAACAGCGACGGCUCGUCCGGCGACACCUCGUCCGCCUCGGGUGAUACACAAGCCAACGGCGAUCUCAACAUCAACUCGGCCGAGAUCCAGGCCCUCAUGAACAACCCGGACCUCCGCAAGGUCUUCCCGGGCAUCGACUACACCCCAAUCAACAGCCAGUACCCAGAGUGCAAGAAAAACCCGCCCUCCCAAAACAACGUCACGCGCGAUCUCGCCGUGCUCUCCCAAAUGACCAACGUCGUCCGCCUCUACGGCACCGACUGCAACCAAACCCAAAUGCUGAUCCACGCCGUCAACCAGCUCCAACUCCAAGACAAGAUCAAAAUCUGGCUCGGCGUCUGGCAAGACAACAACAAAGACACCAACGCCCGCCAACUCUCCCAGAUGUGGGACAUCCUCGACCAAUACGGCGACAAAUACUUCCGCGGCAUCAUCGUCGCCAACGAAAUCCUCUUCCGCCAACAAAUGACCAUCACUGAGCUCGGCACCUUACUCGAAUCCGUCCGCGACAAGCUCAAAUCCAAGGGCAUGUCCCUCCCCGUCGCCACCUCCGACCUCGGCGACGACUGGACCGCAGGUCUCGCCGCCCAAAGCGACGCCAUCAUGGCCAAUAUCCACCCUUUUUUCGCCGGCACCAAAGUCGCCGACGCCGCGGACUGGACGACCUACUUCUGGGGCAACAAAACCGAGACUUUCCUCAAAAAGGAUAAAUCCAUGAACAUCAUCGCUGAGACCGGUUGGCCCAGCCAGGGCGGCACGGCGUGUGGAAACGACUGGGAGACGGAUUGUCCGGAUAAGGCGGUGGCCGGGAUUGAUGAGUUGAAUGUGUUUAUGGAGGACUGGGUGUGUGGGGCGUUGGAGACGGAGACGGAGUAUUUCUGGUUUGAGGCGUUUGAUGAGCCGUGGAAGUUUAGGUAUAAUACGGAGGGGAAACAGUGGGAGGAUCAUUGGGGGUUGAUGACUGUUGAUCGGAAAUUGAAGGAUGGGGUCAAGAUUCCGGAUUGUGGGGGGAAGAGGGUCAAGGAUUGA